AUGACUGCCAUAAAGACGUCAGUUAUUUCGGGAUUUUCAUCUCACAUUUCAUUGUGAGAGAUAGUUUGUUGCCUCGCUUCUAUGGAUGACGCGGGAUCACAAUUCAGCACCUGGACAGCUCCUUGUCCUUAACCUAUUACUGGGCACAUGGAGUCCCUAGCGUGAUUGUAGGGAAACCCUGUGAGCAGGCGAGAUUUGGGCACUAAAAUGCCAUCCUUCCGAAAUAUGACGUUUAACUGAAUAUGUGGAUAGUCGAGCACAUUUAAAAGCAUCUCCGUGAAUGAUGAUGCUUACAAUAAGGAUCGGGCUUUUUCGUUGUGCCCUGUAUUCUAAGCAGCAGCACGGGUCGUUAGCCAAUCCAAAUCUGAAGAGGAUAGCAGCAGCCUACACACAGCAACCGAGCCCCGCUCACACUGAUCAUCGGCAAGGGAGACAUUACCAUCAUCAUUAGGAGGGCAUGAGUCACGACCACACUUUCAACAAUGUAGAGCAUAAAAGGUGUGGUGUGAGCCAAGUCUCCAUUCUCUGGUCAAAUCAGGAGUAACAAUCGUGUCGACGUCCAUUCACAGAAACAACACAGCAACAUGAGCAAACCCCAGGCCCCUCCCCAGGCCCGGGCCAGAGCCUCAGAGCUGGAGGUGAUCUCCCAGCAGGUGGAGGAGGACAACCAGUGUCACGCUCCGGUCCAGGUGGUCAGCUUUGCAUACAGAGACCUGCCUCUGGCCGGGCUGGACAUCUCCCUGGCCGGAUCCCAGCUCAUCUCCAACCUGGACGAAGAGGACAACAGAGAGGGGUCUAACUGGCUGAAGCCAUGCUGUGGGCGGAGGGCAGCCCUAUGGCAGGUAUGUCUGCUGAGUGCAGGCUUCAACUGUUUCCUGGUGGCUUGUGUCAUCCUGGUGGUCGUGCUGCUGUGUCUGGAGCUGCUCAUCGACACCAAGCUUCUGCAGUUUAACAACGCGUUCCAGUUUGCCAGCAUCAUUCACUGGAUCAGCCUGGCCAUUCUAUCUGUGUUCUUCACUGAGACGGUGUUCAGAAUUGUGGUGCUGGGGAUCUGGGAUUACAUCGAGAACAAAGUGGAGGUGUUUGACGGUGCAGUCAUAGUCCUGUCCCUGGCCCCCAUGGUGGCCUCAACGGUGGCCAACGGCCCUAGCAGCCCCUGGGACGCCAUCGGCCUCAUCAUCACCCUGCGCAUCUGGAGGGUCAAGAGGAUCAUCGAUGCCUACGUGCUACAGGUGAAGGUGGAGAUGGAGAUGGAGAACCAGCAGUAUGAGAAGGCCAAAGCUGUCAGGGAGGAGCAGCUGGAGAGACUCACCCAGAUCUGCCAGGAGCAGGCAUUUGAGAUCAGGCAGCUGCGGGCCCACCUGGCUCAGCAGGACUUGGACCUGGUAGCAGAGCGAGAGGCUGCCAUGCAGAUCCACCAUGUGUGGGGCAAGCAGAGCAGCAGCUUCCAGGAGGUGGACGGCCUGGCCCCUGGGGGCCCCGAUCAGCGAGGCCAGGCUAAAGCCAGGGAGGCAGCAGCCCCUAGAGAUCAUGUUGUUCAAGAUGACAUGAACAACUACAUCAGCCAGUACUACAGUGAGGCAAGCAGUGAUGUUGGGAUCCCAGACCCAGCUCGUGUCAUCACCACUGCAGCCAUAGACGUGCACCUGCCCAAUAACCCCAGCCAGCUGCCCUCGUCUCUGGUGAGUGCAGAUGCAGUGUCCAGCUGUCUGCAGCGGACGGGUAGCUCCGUGAGCGAGGCCUCCAACACCACCAUGUCCCGCUCUCGCUCCAGCUUCAGCGCCCACCAGCACAGUAUAAGUAGCCACACCCUGGGCUCCAACACCGACUGCAGCUCCACCGUCCGCGAGGCCUCCACCUCCACAGACUCCUACAGCGGCCAGCGCUGUUACCCCCCGCCCUACUGCAGCCCCCUGGCCCUGGGCUUGGGAACACAGCCUGGCCCUAGAGGACACCCCAGUGCCGUGGUGCAGGAGCUGCUCUCCUCCCUGUCUGAGGACUCCUGUCUGGGACAGAAAGGCUUGGACCCUGUCAACCUCAAACUGCCCAGCCCUGCUGGCUCCGCCAAGACCAGCCCUGAGCUGGAGCACAGGCUCAAUAUCUACAACAAGAGGAACAAGGAGAGCCGCAGAGGCUUCCACACCAAGCCUCUCAUCCACCUGCAGGCCAGGGAGCCUUUCAUGGAGGAGAAGUACAGGCUGUCUCAGGCAGAUGCCCCCGUCAGCAGCCUGCCUGAGACAUAGGAAAGGGCUACAGGUGGUACUGUAUCUCUUAGCCAGCACUGACUCACUCCUCAAAUACCCUCCUGAAACUCACUGACUAAAACUAAAGACAUGAACUCAGAGGCAUCCUCCACUGGCAUACAGCAAUCUUCCUCAUUGCCAAAAGCACCUUGGAACUGUGAAUGGCAGCUCUGCCAGCACAGCCCAUCGUCCAUUGAGGACAGGGAAACAUGCCUUAGUGAGCAGGCACUGAACAUCUAUCAGGAAGUGCCACUAUAAAUGAGUAUAUGGAGUCACCAAAAGAAACCAGCAUUAGGGCAUUAGCCCAAGCUCUGAGGUAGCAGGGCUCAGCAGAAAUGUGACUGGCUCUGAUGCUUUUGUAUGUGAUAUAAUUUAGCGAUGGGGCUGGGUGUGUGUGGGUGGAACUGGGUGGUUUGUUUGUCUAAUAUACUUACUUAGGGAUUGGAGACACUAGACUGAUCACAAAACAACUACUAACUGGCAAUCAUGUUAUGAUGUCAUGAGCCACACUAAUCAGACAUUUUAUAAACAAACCAUACUGAAAGUCAACCUGGAGUCUCUCGACCUCAACAUUAAGUACAGUCCUCUCUGAUCGGACUAAUGCAGGGUACAUUUGAUCUGUGUUCUACUGUGUUGAGCUGUGUUCUCAGCUUAUUUCUUACCUUUGUCUUUCUACAUUAUCAAUGCUAAAGUUUGUAUUCAAAUGAUAUGACAAAAUAUUUUUAAGCCAGACAAUUGAGCGAUUGAGGGAUGUUUCAGCUACCAAAUCUCAAGGGAUUUGUAAUUGAAGAUGUUAUGUAAAGUGUUGGUCAGAAGAAAAAGUAUUAUAGCAUCGACCUUUAAAAAUAUCUGCUUUCAGACAUGGAAAUCUAAUCCUGUGCACUUAAAUGUCAACAGGCAUUUUGUAAAUUGAUCAUGAAGGGAAUUCAGUGCAGAGUAAAAGCAAUUAAAAGCAAACGUGGUAAAAGAACAGUCAUUUACAGUCAGUUUUAUCAUCGAUACCAAGACCUUUCGGGGGACUACACAUUAAUAAAAGUGCAUUAGUGAGGCAGGUUUAGACUUCCUGAAGAUUGCCUUUAUUGUGAAGCUACGUUAAAUACAUAUUACAAAAUAUGCAAUAACAGGGAACAAAAAUAUCACCUACGCCAGGUAAGCAAAACAUUAUUUGUGGCAUUAUCAUAGCUAGGUCCAUAAGAACACAUGUCCGGUUUAUAAACAGUGUUGUUCUGUUUCCAUUUAGGAAGGAGGAUGAUAACAUUAUUAGUGUUCCCAGAAAAGUAGCUCCAGAAACGUUAAGGCAGAGAUUGUAGGAGAGCUGUAACCAUGUGGUCUUGGUACCCAGGUAGUGAAGGUAUGGCUGCUGAGCUGAAUUUUGGCUCACUUGCUCAAUGCUGCAGUCAUCUCAGGGACAGCCUAGUGAGACAAAGAAAAAACAGAGUAGUUUAAGAUGGUUGCACCCCCUAACCAGGCAUAUCUAGCAAGGUUGACACAAUGGACACAAUGUGUGCUUGCGACAUGGAAAUGGAAGGUUGAACUUUUAGAUAAAUGUAGGUGUUGAGUCUCACAGUUUGGGGUGACGUCAUUGAUAAACCAUUUCAUUUUCUGAGUGUAACUGAUCAAAGGGACAUGAGCGGGGUUGCCUGCUGAAUGACAUAUAGUUUAUCAGUAUCAGUAGCGCCCGAGUCGAGUAUGUCCCACAGAUCAGUUUUCAAUUGAAGGAAGAGGAGAAAGACCAUACAUUUGAAUGAGUUAUCCGAGGAGUGAUCACAUGUAAGCUGAUAACCAGCAGGUCACAACUCUGCUGCCACGAGCUAUUAUUACGGAGUUUCCCCAUAACACCUGGGCCUCUCACACACCACCACCGCCAUAGUAAAUAAAAGAUGAACAACAUUACACACACAUGAAAAUAAAUGCUAAUACACUUUCACCGAAAGCACGGGCCCUCUUGUUCAAGAGUAUGACAACCCUCUGACACACUGGCCAUAUGUGCCAGCCAGACAUUAGAGGGCAGCUGAGCAUGUAAAGUAAUGGCACAAGGGAAGAGAAAAUAAAACAUGAGAACUUAUGGUUUGAAGGAGCACUGUUGUAUCUCUACACAACAGCAGGCUCUGGCCACAACUCACCUCUGAUUAAUUCAGCACCUCAAUAAUUCAACACAUUUCCAUUAGGUGGAAUAAUAAUGGUUCUUGCAACACUGAUCAGGGAAAUAGUGAAUGUAAUAUUCUGAUUGUCACUGUUGUCAUUUCUUGGUUAUUGAAAUGCCGGGGUCUUGCUGAUCAUCUAGUCAGCGCUGUGCUGAAAGCUAACCCAGUGAUGGGUUAGUUUCAGUCAUGGCAAGAGUGUUUGGUAAUGUUUCCUCAUGGGUGAAUAUUCCUCCAACACAGUCAGCCUACUAUCUCACCUUGAACAGAUCA